UUGUAGUGAAGUAGAUUUUGGGUUGGGAUGUUACAUGAUGUCCCUAAACGCACCACUGACAUCCACACCUUUCAGCCGACAAUUACCUGGCUAUAAGAAACAGCUGCGCUUCACUACUGGGAGAAGGCAUUUGGCAGUCUUGGCAAUCUAAGGUGGCUGCAGCACUAGGCAGUUGAGCUCCACAUAUCUCUUAGGGAAAGCUACUCAGUUGCCCUUAGAGAGUGGUAAGUGCGACUUUUGUUUAUUAUACUGUGGCAUAGUAGGGUGGACUUUUGACUACUGUUUUCCUCUUUUGUUGCAGGUGUAUAUUAUACUGCUGCUGUCUUGUCAGAUGCCGUUUUGUUUGUUAUGCACUACUUUUAUAAAGUAUAGUGAUUUGGGAUGUGGUUUUAUGUAGAUCUUUUAUUGAUUGUUUAAUGUUUUAUCUUUUCCUUUAUUGCUUUAGUGGAGGUGCGGCCGCUUGUUUAGAGGCUAGGCACGUGAGGUGGAAUCCCCUCCCCGAUGCAUGCGAGUGUACACACCGGGCAUAGGCAGAUUGCACCAUUUAGAGUUUAGUGUGAGUGAGGUUUGCUGUGAAAUCACACGGGUGAGUAAUUGGUGGCACCCUUGGGCACUCCUCCCUGUAGGUUGCCUCCUCAAGUGGCCGGUCUCCACCAUUUUGUUUAGUUGCUGCUUUUUAAUAUAUUGUGCUUGUUUUAGGGUAGCAUUGUGGCAGGGAGUAUGUUGUUUUAAUUAUUGUUUGGUAAUAAAGGGUUUUAAUUUAUUUUACUCUCUUACCCCUGCUACCCUAGGUGCCUUUUUAAUCUUUUAGUUAUGUUUUAGUAGUUUUUCUUAAUAAACUUUGCAUUAUAAACUCCCUUUGUCUCACCUCUGCCUUUAAAUAACGAGUCUGUGGGCUUUGGUAGCCAAUACAAUCUUCUCAUUGGCUAGAGAAAUCUUUCCUGGGGUUGUAGCGCCCUCCCCCAGGUGGCGUUGUCACUACUUUAGUAACCGUCCCCGGUUAUAUCUUAUUUCCGCGACACCACAAUCUGGCGUUGUCGACAGGAUAUUUUCAGGCAGAGAUCUGUUGCAUGUUGUUUUGUUUUUUUGGGGGUUAAAUCUGUUUGGUUAUUGUAGUGCAGCGGCAAGACAGCAGCAGUGGCAGCGUCGGGACGGACUUCUGGUUUUUAUAAAGUGAUAUUUAAAUACUCUGGUUUAUUAUGGAGGAAGAGCUCACACAGUUACGAGACUUGGUAGCUCAGCUGCAAGCAGAAAAUCGGCGGAUGCAGCAAGAGCGAGGAUCGGAGCAACCUGGCACCAGUGCUGCUGCUACAGGUUCAUCCACCAAUGGGCAUUCUGCUGUUUCAGCUCCCGCGACUGAGAGACUGAUUUAUAUUCCUCGGGAGAGGAAGUGCCCAUGGUUCAACGGUAAGACUGGUAUAGGUAUUGCCGAAUGGGUGGAAGAGGUGCAGGCCUGUUUGAGGGUACGACAUCUUUCACCAGCCGACCAAGCCCUUUUCAUCUAUGAUCAUCUAGAAGGCGAGCCCAGAGAAGAGAUUAAAUAUCGGCUUCCAGAGGAGAAAGACGAUCCCGAAAAGAUUUUGACUAUUUUACAGGAACUGUAUGGCUGUACUAAGUCAUAUGUUUCUCUGCAGGAAGAGUUCUUUUCAAGACGACAGCAGGAGGGAGAAACAUUGCAAGAGUUUUCGCAUGCUCUUAUGUGCCUCAUGGACAGAGUUGCGAAACAGUCCCCUCAUGUUCUGCUGAACAAAGAUGUGUUGCUUAGAGACCAAUUUGUUGAAAAUGUGCUUGAUUGUUUCUUACGUAGAGAAUUAAAACAGUAUGUCCGCAGCCACCCUACUGCCACCUUGAUGGAUGUUCGUCAUGAGGCUAUAUUAUGGGAGCGUGGAGGUAUGCCAGGGGGCGGGAGGGAUAGAAGUUACUCGGUUCCCCCGGCGCUAGGCUUCCAACACACUGUCCAGGAGGUCCCUUUUAGAGGUAGUCCGGCAGGUAUUGCACCCUAUGCCUCUGAAAUACGGGAGUUAAAAGAGAUUCUUAAAAGUCAGCAAGAGCAGUUGAAUCAGCUCGCAAAGAGUCUUGCUGCUUUGAAUAGUGCUUCCACACCAUAUCCUGCCUCACGUAAUAAGGCUGUCAUUUGCAGACGGUGCCAGAAGGUUGGGCAUUUUGCCAGGGAGUGCCCUGGUGAGCCCACAGUCAUGCCUGUGCAGUCAGCUGGUACAGCAACGCAAGCCAGUUUGAGUAAUGUCGUUUGUUCUUCCAUGCAGGAAAACUUCCACCCCCUGAACCAUUGAGCCGAGAUUCAGGUGGGGGCAUCCUAGGCUCAGAGUUUGUAUUACCUGACCCGUUGCCGCAGGUUACUGGUGGGAAACCAGUAACUGGUAGGAAACCAGUAACCCCCGCUGUCAAAACCAUCACUUCACCCCUCUCUGGGUACGCAUUGUCUGACCUUCGUAUGUUGCAGGAGACUGACCCCGUGAUCCGGGAGUUUCUGCCCUUUUGGAGGCGGAGGCGGGGCCCUGACGCUAAGGAGCGUGGUCGCACUUCAAGGCUGGCCCUCGGGUUGGUCAGGCAAUGGAGUAGGCUAGUGGGGCGGAAUGGGGUGUUAUAUCGGAAGGUCUGUCAUCCAAGGAGAGGAGAGACACUGCAGGUAUUGCUGCCAAAGUCCCUUCAGGGUCAAGUUUUGCAACAUGUGUGCCAGGAGCAUGGUCAUCAGGGUGUUCGGAGCACGGUAGAUGUGGUUUCUCAAUGGUGCUACUGGGUAGGGAUGUAUAGAGACGUCCAACGGUGGUGCCAGGAGUGUGAGCGAUGCCAGUCGGCUCAAGAUGCACCAACCCAACCGAAGCAAAUCCCUGUAGCUGAUUGGCGUAAGAAGCGCCACGACCAGCAAGCUAAGGAUGCUCCCCUGCGAGAAGGUCAGUUGGUCUAUCUGAAGAAAGUUGGACUCGGAGGUUGUGAUAAAAGUAAGGGUGCUAUGAGUUCAUUGGCGUAUAAAGUGCUAAAGGCCCCUCACCAAAAUGGGUCCAUGUAUACUACUGCCCCUGUAGAAGAACCGAUGCACGGUGGCGAGUGGUUUUUAUUGGUCUCUGAACCUAUUCCAGCCCCAAGCAGUUGCCAACAAAGACCAGAGACUCCUAGCCCUCGUAGGUCAGAUGAGCUAGAACCCUCAACGUCCUCCGCGAGGUCGGCCUGCCCUGACCAGCUGCCAGUUAUGGCUGGUGUUCAUAACGAUAUAGCCCCUUUACGCAGGACUAAUCGUGGUAAUGCUGGGAUGCACCCAAAUCCGCACCAUUUGCCCCAGGCAGCAGGAAGUAGAGCAAUAGAGGCCGUGAACUCACAGGCACCUGUGCCUACUACAGUUACCCUGUUUAGACCUUGGCAGUGAGUGUCAAUCGUCGGGACGACGAUUCAAAUCUCGGGGGUAGAUUGUAGUGAAGUAGAUUUUGGGUUGGGAUGUUACAUGAUGUCCCUAAACGCACCACUGACAUCCACACCUUUCAGCCGACAAUUACCUGGCUAUAAGAAACAGCUGCGCUUCACUACUGGGAGAAGGCAUUUGGCAGUCUUGGCAAUCUAAGGUGGCUGCAGCACUAGGCAGUUGAGCUCCACAUAUCUCUUAGGGAAAGCUACUCAGUUGCCCUUAGAGAGUGGUGUAUAUUAUACUGCUGCUGUCUUGUCAGAUGCCGUUUUGUUUGUUAUGCACUACUUUUAUAAAGUAUAGUGAUUUGGGAUGUGGUUUUAUGUAGAUCUUUUAUUGAUUGUUUAAUGUUUUAUCUUUUCCUUUAUUGCUUUAGUGGAGGUGCGGCCGCUUGUUCAGAGGCUAGGCACGUGAGGUGGAAUCCCCUCCCCGAUGCAUGCGAGUGUACACACCGGGCAUAGGCAGAUUGCACCCUUUAGAGUUUAGUGUGAGUGAGGUUUGCUGUGAAAUCACACGGGUGAGUAAUUGGUGGCACCCUUGGGCACUCCUCCCUGUAGGUUGCCUCCUCAAGUGGCCGGUCUCCACCAUUUUGUUUAGU